AUGAUCUUCACCUCGGAUUAUCAAAUUGACAUUCCUAACCAAGAUAUCUUGACAUUCCUCUUUGAACGGACAAGGUUCAAAGACAACGACCCAAUAUGGCUCGACGCUCUCAAUCCAAAUCUCAAUGUCACUCUCGGACAAGCCAGGGAUCUCACGCACCGAAUCGGUCGAGGUCUCCGGGAUCUGGGUAUCGGCACACGGCAUGGCGGUGAGGAUAUCGUCUUGUCGUUCGUCGAGAACCAAGUCAUGGUCGCUCCGACGCUGUUGGGAGUUCUGUGUGCAGCUGGUAUCCAUGCUACCUGCCCGAUGACGGCGACGCCCUUCGAACUCACUCGGCAGCUGAAGCUGAGUAGCCCAAAGAUACUGAUCUGCUCGCCGCAGACGAGACAAGUCGCUGAAGAAGCUGCUGCUCAGUCUGGGAUCCGGGGUAUUCGGCUCUUGGUCAUGAAGUCUGAGUUGCUGGACAUCGUCGACGAAAAUGGAAAGUCUAUUGUCAGCAGAUCUUAUCUUCAAUGGCGGAAGAUCACAGACAAGGCUGAACUCGAGAGUACAACUGCUUGUCUGGUCUACUCGAGUGGGACCACAGGAGUGCCCAAGGGCGUAAAGAUCACACAUUACAACAUUGUAGCCAACCUGUUACAAAUGGCGUUUCACUUCGACCAUUUUGCCAACAAGGCCAUCAGCGAAGGCGAAUACCUCCGCAUGCCGGGCAUAAUGCAAAAUGCCGUCGUGCUCGGGAUCACUGUGCAGACAAUGAUGGCCAUGCAAUGCGGAAUGCAAGUAUACAUGUUCAAGAAGUUCGACUUCCCCUACUUGAUCGAAUGUAUCCGCAAGUACCGUCUUUCGACAUUCUUCAUGGUCCCUGCGAUUUGGAAUCGGAUCUCAAACGAAUGCACCAGAGAAGACCUUGUCGGGUUCAGGUUCGUCAUGAGCGGAGCCUCACCUCUGCCUCGGGAGUUACAAGAGAAGAUGCAAAAGAUGUUACCCGAGGGCGUCAUCAUGCGAGUAAAUUGGGGCAUGACCGAGACAACGACCGGUGCUGCACAACCUGCGCCCAUGGAAACCGGCACCGAAGGCAGCUCCGGACGACUCUUGCCCAACAUGCAGGCAAUCAUCAUAGACACGGAAGGCAACAGACUUGGUCCAGGUCGGUCCGGGGAGUUAUGUGUCAAAGGACCAAACAUGAUUCGCGAAUAUUUCAAGAAUCCUGAAGCUACGAAGGGAGCCUUCACUCAAGACGGAUGGUUUCGAAGUGGCGAUAUCGGGUAUUUCUCAGAAGACGGCAAAUUGUUCAUUGUGGGCCGGUCAAAGGAACUGCUCAAGUACAAAUCUCAUCAAAUAUCCCCAACUGAGAUCGAAGCCAUACUAGGCCAAUGUCCUGGCGUCGCAGAUAUCGGCGUCAUCGGCGUACCCGACGGCAACGGAAAUGAUCUUCCACGAGCAUAUAUCGUAGCUUCAAAGUCAUCAGUGUCUGAAAAGGACAUUCAUGACUUCCUGCAUGUCAAAGUUAGCACGUACAAACGGCUCCGAGGAGGGGUGAGAUUCGUCGACGAGAUUCCUCGGAACGUCAAUGCAAAGAUCAUGAGAAAUGUGUUGAAGGAGUGGGUCGAGAACGAGAUGAUUCCCAAGGCAAAGCUGUAG